AUGAAUUUUAGAGACAGUAGUGAGGAAGAGGACACUCACAAUAUUUCAGCUUUUACAAAAUUUGACGAAGCUAACGAGAUUCGAAACUCUGAUGAAGCUAAAAGCCCUAUUUCAAGGAGACCUUCUGCUAAAAGAAGAAAUUCGAGAAAUUUCUCUGGAGACACACCGGCACACGAUUUAAUUUCCCCAAAAGGGAAAAAUAAUUUUAAUAAAAGAAAUUCGGAGCAGGACUUCAAUUUUUCAAAACCAGUUAAUGUCGGAAGUGAUCUCUCCGACACGGAUGAAACCGACGAGGACGAUAUUCAAGCAUCGAAUGCAAAAAUUAUUGAAAUCUACGAUCCUAAACAAUUUGAGCAUUUGCAAGUGUCAUCGGAAAUUAGGGAACUCUUUCAAAACAUACAAAGAUACGUACCGCAAAAAAUUGACUUAAAUUACAAGUUAAUACCAUUUAUUCCCGAUUACAUACCGGCAGUUGGCGAUAUAGACGCUUUCAUAAAAAUUCCCCGACCUGAUGGAGUGUCGGAUAAAGUGGGAUUAGUCGUAUUGGACGAGCCAUGUACAAAUCAAUCAGAUCCAGCAGUUUUGCAUUUACAAUUACGCAGUCAAAGUAAGAGUGCAACGCAGGUGAAAUAUUCGGUGGUUAAACGCGUGGAGAAUGCGGAGAAAAAUGGCAAAUCAAUUGACAAAUGGAUCGAGGACAUGGGUGCAUUGCACAGUAGAAAACAUCCCUUGACAAUUAAUUUGACAAGAAAAUUUCCCGACAUCGACACUUUACUUCAACAAUGGCCUUCUGAAGUUGAAGAGAAAUUGAACGAUACUCCAAUUGAUAUUUCGAAAUUAGAUUGUGAUAUUUCAACUCUAGUUGAUUUAGUUUGUAAUCUGGUGGAUAUUCCUGUUUAUGAUGAUGCACGACUGGAAUCACUUCAUACACUUUUCUCAUUGUAUUUGGAAGUUCGAAAUUUAAAGGACCAACGAUUCUAGAUAUUCUUUUAUUGAUUUUUUAUCUCAGGUCAAAAAAUAGUUUUUCGCUCAGUGUCGAAAACUAUAUAUUUGAGGUUUUAGGGUCACAAAUAUCACUAAUUUCGCCUCUUUUAUUCACAGCGAGAAUUUUCACAGUAUUUUCAAAUAUAAAAACCAAAAAAAAAAUUGUUCUACUCUUUUUGGUUUCGUGACUAUUUUUCGAAAUAUUUCUCGACGCUGAGCGUCGCUAACUUCCUCGACGCUAAUUUCAGGGACCAUUUUACGCACUGAUUCAACUUAAUUAAUAUUUAAAAGUAUUUAAUUAUCAAUUAGAGUCCAUUGAUUUAUAAAAAUAAUCCAA